AUGAUGGAUCGUAUCCCAUCAUUAUCGUUAUCAGGCAUAUCGCUCGCACAUCCACUAACGUUAUCCACGACCGGACAACAAUUACAAAGCCAUCUUAGUUCCGCAUCGGCGGUCACAUCGUCAACUGGCGCAGGUGGACAUCAUCACCAACAUCAUCAUCAUCACCACCAUUUGGGUCAAUUAGCCGCUGUUGUGCAUCAACAGCAGCAGCAACAACUACAACAGCAGCAGCAGCAGCAACAACAACAACAUCAUCAUCAACAAGCUCAUCUGCAGGCACAUCACAACAAUCAUCAUCUAAGCCAUCAUCAGCUGUCAUUGAAUUCAGCGUCCUCGACUAGCCACUCGCCAACGUCUAGUAACUCAGCAUCGACGUCGUUACAUCAUCAUCACACCUCGCUGCUGGCAACACAUUCCGGCAUUCAUUCAUCACCCACUGCGCUCUCGCAUCAUCCACACACCAGCAACAACAACCACUCAGCGUCAUCAUCCACCUCGCUUUCACUGCAUCAGUCAGCAUCUGCAUCAUCGUCGGCUGGCUCAGCAGGUUCUGGUAGCUCGGUGGCUUCAGGUGGUGGCGGGGGUGCUGUAGGGGUUUCAAGUUCAUCAGCGCAUCAAUUGCAACACCACAACUCAUCAGCGUUGCACAAUCAACAUCAGCAUUCGCUGCACCACACCACACAUCAUCACGCGCAUAGCCACCUAAACGCGCACGCCUCCUCACCUGCUAACGCAACGAAUUCAGCUAGUACGGCAUCCGUGAUGGCCGCCGCCGCCGCUGCACAUCUGCACCACAAUUCACAGGCCAACUCGCCGAUGACGAAUCUGCAUCAGAAUAUGGGUGGCCUGAUGAAUAGCGGCAGCAGUGCCAGCGAUGUCUUUUUCAGUCUAAUGAUACAAAAUACAACGAAACGACAAAAUGAAGAACACAUUAAGCGACCCAUGAACGCCUUUAUGGUUUGGUCUCGACUACAACGACGAAAAAUUGCACAGGAUAAUCCGAAAAUGCAUAAUUCUGAAAUAUCGAAACGUUUGGGUGCCGAAUGGAAACUUUUGACCGAAGAUGAAAAACGCCCAUUUAUCGAUGAAGCCAAGCGACUUCGUGCAAUGCACAUGAAAGAACAUCCCGACUACAAGUAUCGUCCCCGGAGAAAACCGAAAGCGUUACGACGUGAUGGCUACCCCUAUCCGAUGCCGUAUCCAUCAGUACCCGUAGAGGCGUUACGUGCAGGUAUAACGCCAGGUUACUUUGCGCCCGGUCCAGCAGCGGCAUAUCACUUGGGCAGCCAUCUGACACAGACGAAUUCACCAGCAUCACAGACCGGGCAAAUGGACGUACCGAAGUUCGCGCUCGAUCGUAGCUCGUACCUAAGCUCAGCAGCCACCGCGGGCACGCUAUAUGAGACAUCGAAAGCUGCGCAAGCGAGUGCCGCCUACAGCGCCUACUUGGACCCCAGCGUCCUUACCAAGGCAUAUUUCGACUCGAAAAUGUAUCAGGAUCGCGCUGCCAACUAUGCCUUUGACAUUUCGAAAAUCUACGGUGCCCAACAGCAUGGCACGUCGGCGGCCGCCGCUGCGGUGGCGCAUCAACAACAGCAACAGCAUUUGCUCAAUGGCCUCGGUAUAGGCGGCGGCGGCGGCGGCUCUGUACAUCAUAAUAGCAGCAGUAACAAUAACAAUAACAAUCAUGCCACAGCGAAUAACAAUCUGGAUGAACGUGACAAUACACCGCACCUGGACACUGGUGGCAGUGGGGCGAGUGGUGUUGGCAUUUCAAGCGGUGUGGCGGAUUCUAAGCCACAUCUACACUCACCAACGGACGGACAGCUUGAUUAUUCACAGUAUGCACAGUACGGCCAAGUUGGUGGCGCCUCGGUAGGUUUGGGUGGCAGCGUUGUUAGCAACGGUGGCUUGGGUGGCAUUGGCGCGGGCGGUGGGCCUGGUGCAGCUGGUGCUGGCGGCGAUUUUCGACGUCCGCUAACUGUCAUAUUUUGACCAUCGUCCGUCGAGAGUGAGGAGCUCAACCUGUCCAUGACGAAUUAGAUUUGUGAAGAGAGGAGUUUAGGUGUAUAUGUUUAAUAGUGAAUAUGAUGUACGGUAAAUCGAGGAAGUCUCGAUACAAAAAACAUUAAGUAUGUAUUUAUAAAGACGAUUUUAUUUUUAGAUUUUUAGUACUCAACCGAAACAUGAUUCAAAAGUAUAUACCAUAUAUGUGUAUAUAUUAACUUAGUAUAUAAAGUUAGACAUACAUAAGUACAUAUGUAUGUAAAGAUAUGUACGAAAGUGUAUUCAUGGGAAAAUGUGUAGGAAGAGGAAUGCCCGCGUGCUGUAUUCCAUAGCUUAUAUGACAUACAUACAAACAUUUUAUUAAUAAAGUGAAGAAUGUCGGGGGGACAUAAAAUAUCCAAUUUCGUUUUUAAAUAUUUUCAAUAAAUCCUUAAAUUUAAGAAACCAUACAUAUAUAUGUUUAUUUAGACCUAUGUCUUCCUAACUCUCUAGCUGUUCGACCUUGCUGCCUUUGCUAGCUCAUAUAUAUACUCGUAUGAGCUAGCAGGGUUUUCCCCAUUAGAGGUCAUAUUUUGAUAUUCAAAGAAAAAUCACCUUUUUUGUGGUUAUAAAUCGACGCUGGCCUAUUGGUGUAGUCCUAAUCUUUCACGUGGCCACAAAGGAAGAAGUCAGAAGAUAUCGGUGUCCAAUUACGAUCACCUCUUCGAGAGAUAAAGCGGGGUGUGACAAUUAAGUAAUGAGACUGAUUAUAUUGCCGCGGUUGUUGUAACUCUGCGACCUUGAUAUUCCCUUUCCUUUCGUGUUGAAAAAGCUUCGGAAACUUACGAUGAACUUGUAAACAACUGCCUUAUUCGCCCAAUAUGACUCCCUGUGACUUUUUUGUUCCUUAGAAAAAAAAUCGGUAGGCAAAGGAACCCACUUUGAGUCCAUUCAGGUCAUCCAGGCGGCCGUGAUGAGGGUACACGCGGACAUCCCAGUCGAAGCGUUCCAGAAA